GCGCCAGCGCAGCCACUCAGUCGCAAACCACACGUUGGCAAGGAUUUAGCUUUUUACAACCGGCACUCGUAAGGUGUUCGCUCAAAAUGAAAUACUUGAUCGUAUUCGCUUUAUUUGCGUGCGCUUUCGCGGGCGAGGAGAAGAAAGAUGAGGAGCGGCCGUUGACGUACAGGCGGCUGAUCCCAGCUGAUGUCCUGAGAGACUUCCCCGGCAUGUGCUUCGCUUCGACCCGCUGCGCGACCGUCGAGCCCAACAACUCGUGGGACCUGGCGCCGUUCUGCGGCCGCAGCACGUGCGUGGUGAGCGAGGACAAGCCACCCAGGCUGCUGGAGCUGGUGGAAGACUGCGGACCCCUGCCCCUUGCCAACCCCAAGUGCAAACUUGACACUGAGAAGACCAAUAAGACCGCGCCCUUCCCCGGAUGCUGUCCGAUCUUCACUUGCGAGGACGGUGCCAAGCUGGAGUACCCCGAGCUCCCCCUCCCCCCCACAGAGGAGGAGAAGAAGGAGGAGGAGACGAAGGCAUAAGUUAAUUCUAGCUCUAAGUCCAGAAGGUGAAGUCGUCAACAAAACUGAAAUUCCAAAAAAAGCCUCAAUUCAAAACAUCAAAAAAAAUAUAUGGCCGCCAAAUUUUAAACCAAAAACCAGUACAAAUGGCGGGUAGUUGUGAAAAGCGUCGGGGUUAUCGCUUUCUAAACGUUUUUUGAACAAUGGGUCAGGCCGCUUCCGUUUCCGGCGCGGCCAUUGUGCGACGAAUUCAUUGGCCUCUCUAUUCCUAUUUAAGAUAAAUAAUUGUGAUAUUGAUACGUUUAAUUAUAGUAAAAUAUCAAUAAAAAAAUUACAAAAUUUCUAA